AUGGCACCGGUGUUUAACAACGCCGUACCGAUGUAUGUCACUAGAAGGCAGCUGAUUGUAGUGGGUGCCGACGAAAUCGAUACGAUCAUGGACGCAAUUGUGAAGGUGUUCACACAUCACCAUCCAAACUACUACGCAGCGAACAGUCGCGAUAUUUACAUUGUACUGCUCCUUUCCGACAUGCGCUAUCUGAACUCCAGAAUCAUCAUACUGCUGCAUGAUUAUUUUUCGUCCAUCAACUUCAUUGUGGUGGUACCGCCCGGCAGACAGUACGAAUCACCGCUUCUGAUCGGUACCGAUUACGAGCUAAGGCUGGUGCUCGUACCCCACCAGGCGUCAUUGGGACAAAUUUUUUCCGAUCGCUUUCAGCCCGAACGGUACCCGGUAGUGCAGGUUCGUGGUUACGGAUUUCUCGCGGCCACCCGGCUGGACACGGACGGUAAAACGCCCGGUUACGAUUGGCACGUGUUUCUGACGAUACUGAAGCACAUGAAGUUGCGGUGGAAGGUGGAAAUAUAUACCACGGAACCAACCGUGGCGCUGAUGCAGUGGUUCAACCGUCAGCUAAGCGAAGGUAGCAUACACAUCUUGAUAUAUCGCAGCUUCCGGGCGGACUUCGACUCGAUAUCGCACGUUUUGCCGGAAAUGAACGGUGUGUGUCUGGUGAUUCCGAAGACGAAAAAGUACGAAAUAUUGCAGCAUCUGAUGAGGCCGCUCCUCACGACGACAUGGAUUGCGCUGAUCGUUGUCCUGCUGGUUGGUGCCUUUCUGGCCAAUCGCUUCUUUAAGCACAGUCUACUGGCGGCCCUCAUCUUCGGUGUGGACCUUAACGCACCGGGUGUCUCGCGUACCGAGCGUACGGUUCUGUUCGCUAGUUUGCUAGUAUUUUUCAUCCUGUCCGAAGCGUACCAGGCAAAGCUGUUGGCAUUGAUGAGCUCCUGCCGGUAUCCACCGGAUCCGAAAACGGUGGGCGAGUUCCUGCAGACCGACACCCUGUUGUAUGUGGGUGAAGCAACCGGUACCGUCGUUUCGUACCUUCCGGGUAUCAAAAGACACGUCCGGAACGCGACGGAUUACUGGUUUUCGUUUGACGGUGAACAGUCCUACGGCACGCUGAUGCCGUGUCCCUUUGCCUGGGAUAUGUACGUGCAGUGGAUCAACCAGCAGUACGAUCGGUACGGGUACAACGUACGGCCACAGGUGCACAUUGUGCGCGAGAAGAUUCUACGGCUGCCGGCUUCGUAUACGUUUUCCCGUACAUUCGCACUGUAUCCGAGGUUUAGGAAGUAUCUGUCGCAAAUAUUCGAAAGCGGCCUAAUGGGCCAUUGGCAAUCGGAGCAAGAUCGGCAACGGCAGUACGAGCAGAGGUUAGAAUUCGUGGAGAACACUAUUAUUAGCUUCAGUGAUCUGACGAUGGUGUGGACGGUACUCGGCAUCGGCAAUGCGCUGGCGGUGGUUGUGUUUUUGAUAGAGCUUUCAGGUGUUGCCCUGAAGCAACUCGCUUGGGGUUACAGUAAGGCAAAACGUCGGCAUCGAUUGUUUGUAUAG